UAUACAUUCAUUCUACAUGCUCAGCUCGAGCGAAACACAACUGUUUUGAUUUCAAAAUUCUAAAAAAAAAAAACUUAAAAUUAAAAGGAAAAUUAGUUAAUUAUAAUUUUUAGAUUUUUUAUUGCACAAAAUUUGUACUUCUAAAAUUAUAUAUGGAGGUUUUCUAUACCUUUUAGUUCUUUUGGACUCGUUCAAUUUUGGAAGAACAAUACGCAUUUUUCUCAUUUAUUUUCGGCUUCAAAAUUUGUUUACACUAAAAUUAUUUUUGUGAAAUAGUUUUUUUUUUUGGUCUUGCGACCGUUUAAAUAUAAAAUUGUAUUUUUGUUGCUGCUAAUGAAUAGUAAAAAACUAAAUUCAAGUGAUGUCGUGGAGCCCGUGACGAUUGUCAGCUUCUGCAGGACUUUACUGCAUGAAGUGCUGAUAUUUCUGUUGUUCUUUUCGAUAUCGGCGGUGGUUUUCUUCGUGUUCUUCUCGGCGUUGAAUAGUUUUGCCAUGAUGGCCACAAAUAAGCCACGACCCUUUAAAUAUUGUUUAUGGCCCAAAGAAUGGUGCAGUAUACUCAACAAGCAGCCCAAGCUGCAUGAGCCGGAGUCACUCGUCAUGCAGCAACAGCAUAUAGAACGGUCGCGGCCAAAAUAUGAUCGUUUUUUGGAUUACAUGUUUAGAGCCACAUAGCGGCACAAUAAUAAAUACAUAAAAUAUUCUGUACAUAUAAUACAUGGUUAACCGACAGCACCUUACUUGUCAUUAUGCACACAUCGUAUGUUCUCCACAACUGUGGCGUCACUUAAGCGUUCCGAACUGUCGGGUCUUUCCUGAUGAAGUUUGAAGUUAAAUUAUAUAUAUGCCACCGGGCAAAUGUCUCUCGUCAA